AUGGAAUGGUCGAUUUUAACAAGAGGCUUUUUGAGGAAAUAUUACUUGCCCUCGUAUCGAACGGUGGUAGGUAGUUGUGGUUGUUCGUUUGGUGGUGACCCAUCACCGCCACCCAACACGACGAUCCACCUCCACCAUCCAUCACCCAACAAUACCACCCCCACCACCAAUCACCACUACUCACAACCACCGUCUUCACCACCUAACAUCACUAACCGCCACCACCACCCCACCACCAUCAUUACCACCACCUCCACCUCAACCACCCAUCACCACCACCCACCCAUCAUCCACAACUACAACCCCCACCACUACUCACUACCACUAACCACCACUCAUCUCCACUACUUAUCAUCACCACCUACCACUACCACCCUACCCACCAUCCACCACCACCCUCCUCCACCACCCACCACCUACCACCCAUCAUCACCACACACAUCCACCACCUAUCACCAUCACUUGCCACCACCAACCCACCUAUCACCCACCAAAACCACCACAUCCAACCGCUAG